AUGAAUCGCAUGCCUCCCCCGGAAGGGCACCACGCGCAUGCGGGUUCGCAUGUAGCAUACGACCCCUCAUGGCGCCCUGCAUACCCCCCGACAUUCGAUAACCACCUCUCCGACCCCCGCCGCUCCGCAAACCCCCAGACUACCCUACCCCCGCAGCCAGCAGGAUACCCUGUGAUGCCCAACCGUGAGCUACCACAGUUAACACCGGAAGGCCCCUACGGUCGUCCGAAUGGUCAUGGCCUGCCCCUACAUGCGCCCGUGCAUUCCCCGCAAGACCCAAUUCCCCAGAACUUCCACCAGCCAAUGAAUGGCGCGCCGCAUGAGGCCUCACCUGAUUAUCGCCCUCGUAUGGGCUACCCGCCCCCAGAUCAGAUCAGCAGUGCUGAGCAUACACCCGUUUCGGGUGCCCUGCCUCCCGCCUCCCAAUUCAUGACACCCGUUGCCCAAAUGGCGAGUGCUACGCCGCCUGCGGGGUAUGAUCAGGCAUUUUAUCAAAACCAGACGUUUGGAGCACGCCAGCGUAAGGCGAAUAGAGCUACGCAGGCUUGUGACCAAUGCCGAGCGAGGAAAGCAAAGUGUGAUGAGGGACGACCAAAUUGCAGUCACUGUAAAGAGAACAAUCUGGGCUGUGUCUACAAGGAGGUGCCGCCACAUAAACAAGAGAAGACCACCCAGCUGGUAUUGGAUCGACUUUCCCAGAUAGAGAACCGCAUGGAGGAGCGAGACAACCGCAUGGAUGAGCGUUUCAAAAAAAUGCAAAUGCAAAUGCAAGAGCAGUUGCUGAACAAGCUGGGCAAUCAACCACCUCCGACUGUCCAAGAACGUCCGUCUCUUCCACCACCGCCACCGCUCAUCAAGCAGGACCCGCCUUUCAAAACAGAGAUGCCUCGUCCCCAUGCCCCAACUCCAAAUAUUCUGGAUCCCGGCAGUCAAUAUUCACAAUUUGGCCAAAAUCUGGGACCCAUGGACCCGAGACUCGAAGAUCAGAGGGAGGCUGAGGGAGAGCUCUCCAUCCCAGUGGAGCACACCACUGCAGCUCACAAGCUAUUGAUGUGGCCGUCAAUUAAGAGGCUGCUACACCCUGAACAAUAUGACGAGGACUAUGUGAUGCGUUUGGAAGAAGAGCGCGGUCUCCUGAGCAUAUACGGCCAAGGCGAGAUUUCAUACACCGCCGAUGACAGUCAAUUACCAAUGGAUGGUGACUCCAAGGGCUCCAAGGGUGUCCGACCCGACGGGGAUGGCGCAGGACCAGAUGCUGAUGUCGACAUCGACGAAUUUGGGAACAUGAAGCUGGAUGCUGCAACUGCUAGGCGCUACUAUGACAGCUACAUCGAGCACAUGUUUAAGCUCCACCCAUUCCUCAUGAUGGGUGAGCUCAAUAUCAAGGUCGACAAUUUCAUCCGAUGCUAUUGUCGCCCUAAUACUUCACCGAGUUCGGCUUCCAGUUACACACGACUAGCGCGCGAUGGGCCGCCACCAGCCAAAAGGAGGCGGUCGAACGAAAACCUAGGUGUGCGUGGCGAGUUCAUGCAGAGCAUCCCCAACCCGCCGCGGCCACGGGUCGGCAAAAAUAUCGACAAUGCCUUGGUUAUCCUGUGCCUGGCCCUUGGAGCUAUUUGCGAAGCUCCUGCCCCUCUCCCUGGGCCUAUCAUGGACAAGAAGAUUGACUACCCCAACCAGCGCAUUCCUGAACCGCUGCCACCGUUUAUUCCUCCGCCGACCCUAAAUGGGACAUACGUUACUAAUGGUGUGCUCUCCCCCGCAAACUCCGACUCGGCGGCCAUGCAGAUGUCGCUUUCGAAUUCUCUUUAUACUGUGCCAACUCAGCCUCCCGGGCAGUCUUUCCCUGACAGUCCACUCAACAAAGGCAUACCAGGUCUGUCAAGGAGAGAUGUGACAAAUGUGCAGGAUGAACAAGGGAACACAAAGAACUACCAGGCUAUUCCUGGCCUGACUCUCUAUGGAUAUGCGACCGCAAUAUUGGGCCAUCUACAGGGUGGUAACGAGCUAGAGCAUGUCCAGUGUGGGUUGCUCGCUGGUCUUUAUGCCGGCCAGCUGGCCCACCCCUUCCAAAGUCACAGCUGGAUUUAUCAGGCCUCAAGGGCUUGCCAAGUUCUUGUGAGAACAAAGCGAUAUGAGCGACUCGAAGAGGGGCCUACGCAGGACCUGUAUAACUUCGCUUACUGGACGUGUCUGCAAUUGGAGAGUGAUCUGCUCGCGGAGCUGGAUAUUCCAGCGAGUGGCAUCUCCCGCUCCGAGGGUCGGAUGGCUAUUCCGAAAGGAAAAUGGACUAUCAUUCUACCGAACGAUCUCAACGCACCCCAAACGAUGAUGAUGCUGUUUUAUUCUGCUCAAAUCCAUCUACGGAAAGUUUUGAAUCGAGUUCAUACAGACUUAUACAAGGUCGAAAAGCAAGGCCAGACACGAUGGUCAUCCACCGUUCAAGAAGCUCUGAGCCUAAACCUCGACCUCUGGCGUAAAAGCCUCCCACAAAGCAUGCAGUGGGACGAAAACGAUCCACCAGCAAACGAAAUUAACGCCGCUCGCAUGCGUGCCAAGUAUUACGGUGCCCGGUACAUCAUUCACCGACCUCUUCUCUACCACGCAUUGCACUACGGCCAUACAGGUGCUCGCGUCGGUCCAGUCGGCCACUCAUCAGUGAACUCGCCUACCUCGCAACGAUUGUCUCCCUCAAUGCUGCACAGUGCUCGGGCUCCGCACAUGGCACGUAUGUCUAGUGACAUAGGCUCUAUGCCGGCCGCAGUCUCUGCGGACUGGCAACCACCUAAAGUCCGUUUACAAGAUCUGCCGAGGAAAUUGAAAGGGGCCUGCGACAUCUGCAUUAAAUCGGCCAUUAAGAGCACGGAGGCUUUUGACGGUGUAGGCGGACAUCGGUUGGUCGUUACCAACAUUUUCGGCACUGCCCAUGCGCAAUUUGGCAAUAUGCUUGUCCUAUCUGCAACUUUCAUGUCAAGUUUAAACGAGCUUGUCGAGCCAGAGCAACUCGAUCGUCUCCUUGUCCGCACAAUAGGAUUCCUCAUUCAAAGCGAAAAUAUAUCCCCCACCCUCCGCGCUGAUGCUCGCAUUCUCACUGAAAUCUACACGAUGAUCUUCCAUCAUCCUCCUGAUUUGAGACGAGUCACCAGCAUGAGUAGCCACACUCCCAGCAUGAGCAGUCAUACCCCCAGCAUGAACAGCCAAACUACCAGCAUGAGCUUCCCUUAA